AUUUGCAAAGCAAGGAAGCUGGCAAAGGAUAAUUUUAAAGACCGUGACCGUGUGUUCAGAUGACCCGGAAUCCUCAAAUAGUGAAGUAUGCUUUGCGGCAGCGUAUAAGAACGUUUCCACUUAAACAAGUUAAACAUGACGAAUUCUGUGUCCAAAUGUUUGAAGGAAGCCGUAGAAAAGAGUAAUUUGAAUUCGGAAAGAUUAAGAAUAGGAUUGGCGACUGCCGUCUUCGUGGCUUAUGCAGCAAGAAUAAGUUACCCGGUUAUAAGUAAAUCUUUAACCUCUUUAAGAGAUAAAGCUAAAGAAGCGCAGAAUAGAAUAUCUUCUACUAGUCCACAAAAAACAAAUUCUUUAAACGAUGAAGUGUGUAAAGUUAAAAAGGAAUCGAAAAGUUCAAAGAAAGAUUCGUCGACGUUUGCUGACCUCAAGAAGUUUCCUGCUUUUAAUAAAGAAUUCAUAUUUCAAUUAACUAAACUCUUAAGAAUCAUGAUACCAGGAUUACGUACUUUGGAAAUGGGCAUAUUGGUCAUGCAUACGAUUUCUCUCAUGUCUAGGACAUUUUUAUCCAUAUACGUUGCUAAAUUAGAAGGUUGUGUUGUCAAAUUCAUCGUUCGUAAGGACAUAACUAACUUUGCUUUACAGUUAUCUAAGUGGAUACUCGUGGCGGUUCCUGCUACCUUCGUCAACAGUCUGAUACGGUUUUUGGAAAGUCAGCUUUCGUUGGCUUUUCGUACCAGAUUGGUACGGUAUGCCUAUUCCUUAUAUUUCACCAACCAGACUUACUACGGUGUCGGAAAUUUGGACGGUAGAUUGGAAAACGCCGAUCACUGUCUCACCGAAGACAUCACCACUUUCGCUCAGUCCAUGGCUCAUUUGUAUUCGCACAUAACCAAACCGUUAUUAGACAUAGUCGUUACUAGUUUUACUCUUUAUAAAAUGGCACACGACAUGGGUACUUAUGGUGUGGAGGGUAUCGGUUUGGCGGCUUUUAUGGUCGUGUUGACCGGACACGUCCUGCGUAAAGUGUCGCCCAAAUUUGGGAAAUUAGUUUCCGAAGAAGCAAAGUUGAAAGGAUAUUUAAGAUUUGUGCAUUCUCGAUUAAUAGCGAAUGCGGAGGAGAUUGCAUUUUACGGAGGCCAUCAGGUGGAACUGUCUAUUUUACAAAAAAGUUAUAAAGCUCUAACUAGACAAAUGAAUCUCAUAUUUAAUAAGAGGUUAUGGUAUGUAAUGUUGGAGCAGUUACUUCUAAAAUAUUAUUGGAGUGCUACAGGAAUGAUCAUUGUUUCUCUACCUAUAUUAAUGGGAACAGCAAAAAUUGAUAAAGGUGAUGUGCUGAGUGGAGAUGAUGGAGUUAGUAGCAGAACUCAAUACAUGACCACGGCUAAAAAUAUACUCAUUGCUGGAGGUGAUGCAGUCGAAAGGUUAAUGUCUUCAUACAAAGAAGUGAGUGUGUUUUAUCAAUUGAUAUCAAAGGUCAAAUUAUUUUAUUUUUAUACAGGUUAUUGAUUUGUGAUAGUAAUAUCAUGGUUUAUUGUUAACAGCUGUAUAAGUUAUCUACUAAUAAAAAAAUGAAUAUAAAUGAAGAAAUUGAUUCAAAAUUUUUUAAAAUUA